UGUUUGUUUUCAGCUGCAUAAUUUUCAUGUUCUACAUUGCUGACUUUUUCAUUGGUCAGAUAAAACAAAGCUAAAGACCACAACCCUUAUUUUGACCCAGAGCUGCAGGAGCCCCAUAUGGCACAGACACAUACUUCCUGUGUGUGUUAGUGUUUGUCUGCUGAGGAGAGACAGAAACACUUAGUGGUUGCUGCUGAAGUGGAAGAUGAUGCUGUUACUGUGGUCCGGUCUGCAGCUCUGUCUUUGUGUCAGUGCAGGGAACACUGCCCGGGUGAAGGCUGGAGGGAGCGUCACCAUUGAAUGUUCCACUGCAGGAUGCUCUAACUGUGCUUCACAUUUCACUGGGAUGUUUUUAUAUAAAGAUUUAGAGCAACAGGAGGAAGUGUUCUACUAUCACCCACCUUCUUCAGAUACAGAUGAAUCUAAAGUCACCCCGACAGAAAGAUUUCAGAACAGGGUUCAGACACUGGGAUCUUUUACCAAGCUCAGCAUCACCAUCAGUAACCUGUCUGUGAACGACACUGGUGUUUAUACCUGUGUCUACCAUCAAUAUCCCGACAACAUCAACGCCCUAUGCAAGGUCCACUUGCUUACAGUAUAUGAAAACGGCCAGAAGGAGUUCAUGGAGGAGUCAACACAUUUUGCUACAGAGGAGUCACCGUUCCAUACCACUCCAUCCCAAGCGGAAUCCACGAAUGUGCAUCCUACCAAAGCCAUGAUGCCCUAUCUGGUCUAUACCAUCAUUUUUACCUGUGUCAUCACCAUUGUGGUAACCAUGAUUGUCAUCCUGUUGAUCAUCCCAAGGGUGAAAAAGUACAUUGAAAGCAGAGGUGGCGGACGUCCUUUGCCCCAGGUUCCCAAUGACUACGUGUAUGAAGAAAUGGGCAGGAAUGGUUUUCGGCAUCUGAACUCGUCGACACACCCAUAGAUUCCUUGGCUCAAGCUGCAUCCAUUACUGGUGUUCAUUUCCACCAUACCUGUUUUUCUACCUUUUUGAAUUCUAUUCAUACACAUGUUUUGCAAUUUCUCUUGCAAAGUUAGAUAAGAUAAGAUAAGACAACAUAUACCUUUAUUGUUCCAUCAUCAGUAUUCCUUUAUCUUUGUAAUAAUUACCUGUA